CCUACAGCGCCCCCUCUGUUUCUGCGGCUGAACCCGGAACUGCACYCGAGGUUCGGCGUUGAGCAGCAGCACUGGUGCGGCUCCAUCCGCGGAUAAUUAAAAAUUCUCCUUGUAUUUAUUUACAGCUGGAUUUGUUGAGUCUUCCCAUAUAAUUUCGGUUUCCCACACGGGCGAUCUGAAUUUUAUUAUAUUUUAUUAUUAUUAUAAUUUCACCCUCAUCCCCGGGGAGCAGCAGUGAUGGCAGAGCAUCUCUCCCAAAGCGAGCUGGACUAUCCAUUCAAACUUCUGGAGUAUUUCAACGGCUUCAGGGUGUCGAAGGUGAUAUUCUCGGCCUGUGAGCUGGGCGUGUUCGACCUCCUGCUGAGGUCCAGGGAGCCCCUCAGCGCCCGGUUCGUGGCCCAGGAGCUGGGCACCAGCGUGGAUGGGAUGGAGAGGCUGCUGGAUGCUCUGGUGGGCAUCGAGGUUCUGGAGGUGGAGCGGACUGACCGGACGGCGUUGUACAGCAGCACUGACGUGGCGAACCUGUACCUGGCCAAGGGAAGUGCGAAAUCUCUCCACGACAUGAUCAUCUACCAGUCCCAAACCAUCUACCCGCUCUGGAACAACAUGGUGGACGCCAUCAGGUCUGUGAAAACAAACAGACGCUCUGAGGAGAACCGAACACCUGAUCAAACCAGACCUUCUGUGUCUCACAGGGAGGGCAAGAAUCAGUACGAGAAGACCUUCGGCGUUCCCUCCGGAGACGUCUUCCGGGCCAUUUACAGGUUGGUGCUGAUCUGUGGGAGUGUUGCACACUGGGUAAUAUUCAUGUAUUUUUCUGGAACGCGCAGAUCGGAGCAGGAGAUGAUCAAGUUCAUGGGUCUGAUGAACUCCUCAUGGGUUCUGGACGGACACGACGUGGUGACGGCGUUCGACCUCUCCCGCUUCCAGAGGAUAGUCGACCUCGGAGGUUGCACCGGCGCUCUGGCUCACGAGGUGGCGAAGGCGUACCCCUCGUCCUCCGUCGUGGUCUUCGACCUGCCGGAGGUGGUGGAGGCGGCCAAGAAGCAUUUCUCGCAGGAGGACACCGCCGUCGCUUUCGAGUCCGGAGAUUUCUUCAAAGACGAGAUCCCGCCCGCCGACCUGUACGUGCUGGCCAGAAUCGUCCACGACUGGCCCGAGGAGACGUGCCUGACCCUGCUGAGGAGGAUCCACGACGCGUCCAAGUCUGGUGGCGGCGUCCUGCUGGUGGAGGCCAUGUUGUUUGAAAACAGGCGAGGCCCCGUCACGGCUCAGAUGUUYUCCCUCAACAUGCUGGUGCAGGCCGAGGGCCGGGAGCGCUCGCCCUCCGAGUACGCCCACAUGCUCAACCAGACCGGAUUCCACRAGGUCCAGGUCUGCCGGACCGGCAAGUCCUACGACGCCAUCCUGGCCAUCAGAUGAGCUCCUGGAAAGUUUCAGGAUUAUUAUUCAAAGAUAAAGUUAAUCUCCUGGACUGAGAGAACCGAUGGGUCGAAGCUUUGAUUAAUAAAGUUUUUAAAGUCGAUUAGCAACAUUUUUACCAAUUUUCUUAAGAAUCAAAUCAAAGCAUAAUAAUUAUUUCAUUCUUUUGUGACAUACAAACAGUCAUUUGCUUUAUAAUUUAUGAAAACAUUGAUCUGAAUUUUGACUGUGAAAUAAAACCAGCUGCUUAACGUGAAAAUA